UCCCUGCGAGGCCGCCGGCGCUUAUGGCUGCCCUUGUAGGCGCCUGUCGGGAGAGCCCAGCAGUAGGGGCCGGAGCUGCAGCUGCCUCAGCCUCGCCGCUCUGUAGAGCUGAGGCUCGGGGAGGGGCGCGGCUGGGCGUGGGAGCCGGCAGCCGGGGCCGCUGGGGAAAGGCCCGCUCCAGUCAGGCGCUGGGAGGCGCCUGGGAACGCGCCGCUGGGGAGAGAGGCCCCCGCUGGCCCGGAAGCGGGCGCGCGGCGGAGAGCAGCGGCGCGCUGAUGGGGUCCGGGUCGCGGAGCCCCGCGGGGCGCUCGCGGCACCGGAGCCGCAGGGAGGCGGGCGGGUCCCGGGAGAGGAGGCGCCGCCGCCGGUCCCGCUCCGGCUCCAGCGGCGCCAGCAGCGAUGGAAGCGGCCGGGCUCGGGGUCGCGAGACGCGGCUGCGCAGGAAGCCGGGCUCGGGCUCUGACUCUGACGAGAGGCAGAGAUGGGGAAAGAAGAAAAGCAAAAGCAGGGACCGGCACCGCAAAAGCCAGAAGAAACGCCGCUCUCGGUCACGGGAUCACUUCUCUAGCUCAGACUCUGAGGCAGAGAGAGAGAAAAAAAGAGGCCGCAGCAGAGAGAGGAGAAGAAAGCGAUCCCAUUCCAGGUCUUCUGUGUCCUCCGUCACAUCUCCCUCUCCUUCACGUUCCCAGAGCUCCAGGGAGGAGCUGGGGCAACAGCUGAGCCUUCAGGAGCGACUCAGACUGAAAGAGGAGAAGAAGAAGCAGGCUGAGAUGAUGAAGGCGUUGGAAACACCAGAGGAGAAGAGAGCUAGGCGGCUGGCGAAGAAGGAAGCCAAGGAGAGGAAAAAGCGUGAGAAGAUGGGCUGGGGGGAGGAAUACAUGGGCUACACCAACACUGAUAACCCCUUCGGGGACAACAAUCUGCUAGGCACCUUCAUCUGGAGCAAGGCCCUGGAGAAGAAAGGGAUCGGUCACCUGGAGGAGAAAGAACUGAAGGAGAGAAACAAACGAAUCCAGGAAGACAACCGCCUGGAGCUGCAGAAGGUGAAGCAGCUGCGUUUGGAACGGGAGCGAGAAAAGGCGAUGCGCGAGCAGGAGCUGGAGAUGCUGCAGCGGGAGAAGGAGGCGGAGCACUUCAAAACCUGGGAGGAGCAAGAGGACAACUUCCACCUCCACCAGGCUAAGCUGCGAUCAAAAAUCCGGAUCCGGGAUGGCCGUGCCAAACCCAUCGACUUGCUGGCCAAGUACAUCAGUGCAGAGGAUGAUGACCUGGCGGUGGAAAUGCAUGAGCCAUACACAUUCCUGAAUGGCCUGACGGUCUCCGACAUGGAGGAUCUGCUGGAGGAUAUCCAGGUUUAUAUGGAACUGGAGCAGGGCAAGAAUGUGGAUUUCUGGAGGGACAUGACCAUUAUCACUGAGGACGAGAUAGCCAAACUCCGUAAACUAGAGGCUUCUGGGAAAGGCCCAGGAGAGCGCCGAGAAGGAGUCAAUGCCUCCGUCAGCUUGGACGUGCAGUCAGUGUUCAAGGGGAAGACGUACAACCAGCUGCAAGUGAUCUUCCAAGGGAUCGAGGGCAAGAUCCGAGCAGGGGGGCCCAACCUGGACAUCGGUUACUGGGAGAGUCUGCUGCAGCAACUUAAAGCGUAUAUGGCCCGGGCCAGGCUUCGGGAGCGGCACCAGGACGUGCUGCGCCAGAAGCUGUACAAGCUGAAGCAGGAGCAGGGAGUGGAGAGCGAGCCUCUUUUCCCCAUCCUGAAGAAGGAGCCGUCUUCUCCCAGCAACAGGCCGGACCCAGAGGAGAGCGCUCCAGCGCACCCUGGCCCCUCCACAGCGGGAGCCUCCUCGGAGGGGGGUGGAGAGGCAGAGGCCAAGGGCGAGGGGGAAGGGGAAGCAGUGCUGAUGGAGGAGGACCUGAUUCAGCAGAGCCUGGAUGACUACGACGCCGGGAGGUACAGCCCCAGGCUGCUGAACUCCCACGAGCUGCCCUGCGACGCCCAUGUGCUAGAGGCUGAGGAGGAUCUCCAGCGGCUGCUGCUCUUGAGACAACAGCUCCAGGCCACAGGAGAUGCUAGCGAGAGCGCCGAGGACAUUUUCUUCCGCAGGGCCAAGGAGGGCAUGGGUGCCGACGAGGCCCAGUUCAGUGUGGAGAUGCCCCUGACGGGCAAGGCCUACCUAUGGGCCGACAAGUACCGGCCCCGGAAGCCCCGCUUCUUCAACCGGGUCCACACAGGCUUUGAGUGGAACAAGUACAACCAGACGCACUACGACUUCGACAACCCGCCACCCAAGAUCGUGCAGGGCUACAAGUUCAACAUCUUCUACCCCGACCUGAUUGACAAGCGCUCCACGCCUGAGUACUUCCUGGAGGCCUGCCAGGACAACAAGGACUUCGCCAUCCUGCGCUUCCACGCUGGCCCGCCCUACGAAGACAUCGCCUUCAAGAUUGUCAACCGCGAGUGGGAGUACUCGCACCGCCACGGCUUCCGCUGCCAGUUCGCCAAUGGCAUCUUCCAGCUCUGGUUCCACUUCAAGCGGUACCGUUACCGCAGGUGAGGGCGUCGGCCUUCCACCCGCUGACUCUGGGCUGCCUCCCUUCUGAGGGUCCCUUUGCGUCAUUGCCGCACCCGUGGGCGAGCUCUUUCACCUCCAAAGGGUGCAGGUUCUGCGUACUCCGCCCCUGCUCUGUACUGUAGGGACAUUCCCUGCCAGUGGGCCCUCUGGCGCACUCUGUAUAUUGCUUCGUGUCGGGGGGCGGGAGGAGGGCAGAGAGGGGGCUCUCCUCUCCUUGUGUUUUUUAAUGGGCUCUGGUAGGGGAUCCUGGGAUGGGUGUGGUGCGACUCACCCAGAAAAAUAAACCUAGAUUCUCUAAACCUGGCGCUCCGUGAACAAGAGCCCCGCAUGGCGUCUGGGCCGCAAGGAGCCAGGAGAGCCCCGAGGCAGUGCUAUCCUCCUCCUGCCAUCUGCAAAGCAGCUGCUAGAGGGUGGCCAGCACUCGUGCUUCGCUGUGUCUUCAGUUCGACCAGUCGCUCCCUGGAAAAGCCGUCUGCUCCCAUGGGAGCUCCCCUCCUCUCCCCUGUUCAUCCUUGCUGUGGGAAGCUAGAAUCCCAGGGCGCCACCCGUAGCCAUCAGCCCAUCCCAGAUAACUACAGACGCUGAGCUGCCACCAGCCGCUCCUGGGAACCACCCACCACA